AGCCACAACGUCCACAUUCAAAAUCUCAGUUCAAAAAAAAAACUCAAACCCUUUUUCGUUCUUUCCUCUCCAACUCUCUCUUCUUAAACACAAAAUCAAAUUUCAAUAAUCAAACCCUAACAAGCGAAUUCGCCGGAAAUGGACCACGCAGAAUUGAACGGCGGUGGCAAGAACGGAGAUUCAACAACACAGUGUGUCCGUGUUGCGGUGAAUAUUCGACCUCUUAUUAACGCAGAGCUUCUUCAUGGAUGCACUAAUUGUAUCACUGUUCCUCCUGGUGAACCUCAGGUGCAAAUUGGGACACAUGCGUUUACCUAUGAUUUUGUAUAUGGUAGUACGGGAUCGCCACCGUCUGCUAUAUAUGAUGAGUGUGUGGCUCCGCUUGUUGAUGCGCUGUUUCAUGGAUACAAUGCAACUGUUCUUGCUUAUGGUCAGACUGGAUCGGGUAAGACAUAUACUAUGGGAACUAAUUAUACUGGAGAGGAAAGUGCUGGUGGAAUUAUACCGAAUGUGAUGAGGACCAUAUUCAAGAGGGUUCAGGAUUUGAAAGAAGAGUCCAACGAGUUUUUGAUUCGAGUAUCUUUUAUUGAGAUUUUCAAGGAAGAGGUCUUCGAUCUCCUUGAUCAUAAUGCAUCUAAAGGAGAUUGUAAUGCAAAGUUUGCAGUGCCUGCUAGAGUUCCAAUACAGAUUAGAGAGACUUUAAGCGGGGGAAUAACUCUGGCCGGUGUCACAGAACCUGAAGUUAAGACAAAAGAAGAAAUGUCAUCUUAUCUCUCUCGUGGUUCUAUGUCACGUGCUACUGGGAGUACCAACAUGAACAGCCAAUCGAGUCGUUCACAUGCAAUAUUCACCAUCACAAUGGAGCAAAAGAAUGGUGACGAUGUCUUAUGUGCGAAGCUACACCUAGUAGAUCUUGCUGGUUCUGAACGAGCAAAAAGAACAGGUGCUGAUGGAAUGCGUUUGAAAGAAGGAAUUCAUAUCAACAAGGGAUUACUGACUCUUGGAAAUGUAAUAAGUGCAUUGGGAGAUGAAAGAAAGCGAAAAGAAGGAGGUCACGUACCGUAUCGAGAUAGCAAGUUAACACGCCUACUGCAGGAUUCUCUUGGAGGGAAUAGCAAAACGGUGAUGAUAGCAUGUGUUAGUCCUGCAGACACCAAUGCUGAAGAAACUUUGAAUACAUUAAAGUAUGCAAAUCGUGCGCGGAACAUACAGAACAAGGCAAUCAUUAACCGCGAUCCAAUAGGCGCCCAGCAACAGAGACUGCAAAGCCGUAUUGACCAAUUAGAGGCUGAACUUCUAUGUUUUAAAGGUGUUUCUGGUGCACCAUUCGAGGAAAUUCAGAUCCUCAAACACAAGGUAUCUUUACUUGAAGCAAGAAAUGCAGAGCUACAGCACGAACUUCACGCACGUGGACAAAUUUGUGACAGUUUAAAACAACGUGCUUGUGAUGCUCAGGUUGAAAAGGACCAACUGAUCAUGCAAAUAGAAGCAAAUCGAAAGGGUAAAUCAUGGGAUCAGAUCGACUCCAAUUCAAAUCAGGAUUGUGACCUGGUGAAAUCUUAUGUUUCAAAGAUCCAUGAUUUGGAAGGGGAAUUGACACGUUUGAAAAAUUUGAAUGUGAAAUCAAGCAAUUUUGUUGACUGGGUUGAUUCAGAUGAAAUCAAGAACGGCUUAUUUGCAGGUGGUAAUGAGUAUUCUUCUAUGGACAUAACAGAUGACGUGGAACCGGUGGAAAUUCAUGAAAAGGAGUUAGAACACUCUUCUGCUCAAGAAAAGUUGGAUAGGGAGCUCAAAGAAUUGGACAAGAAACUUGAACAGAAGGAGGCUGAAAUGAAGCAAUUUAAUAAUGCUUCAGUUCUCAAACAACAUUAUGAAAAGAAGCUUCUUGAGUUGGAGCAUGAGAAGAAAUUUUUGCAGAGAGAAAUUGAAGAACUCAAAUCCACUUCUGGUGACAGCACUCACAAAUUAAAGGAAGAAUAUCUUCAAAAAUUAAAUGCACUUGAGUCACAGGUCUCUGAGCUGAAGAAGAAACAAGAUGCUCAGGCCCAUCUUUUGAGACAAAAACAGAAGGGUGAUGAGGCUGCAAAGAAACUGCAGGAUGAGAUCCAAAGAAUUAAAUCUCAAAAGGUUCAACUGCAACACAAGAUUAAGCAGGAAUCUGAACAAUUUAGGUUAUGGAAAGCUUCACGUGAAAAGGAAGUUCUCCAGCUUAAAAAAGAAGGAAGGAAAAACGAAUAUGAGAUGCAUAAGCUGUUAGCACUGAAUCAGAGAACAAAGAUGGUGUUACAAAGGAAGACAGAAGAAGCAUCCUUGGCUACUAAAAGGCUAAAAGAACUUUUGGAAUCUCGAAAGACUGCCUCACGUGAAACUGGUAUCGGUGGGAACAGUCAAGGAAUUCAGGCUUUGAUGAAGGCAAUAGAGGAUGAACUUGAAGUCACUGUCCGAGUGCAUGAAGUGCGUUUAGAGUAUCAACGUCAAAUGGAAGUGAGGGCUGCUAUGGCCAAGGAGAGUGCCAUGUUAAAAGAAGAAGCAGAGAUGAUGAGGCUAAACAAUACAAGGAGUGAUGUAUCAAUGUCUCCGGUUGCAAGAAGUUCAAGGAUUUCUCAUCUCGAUAAUAUGCUGGCUACUUCUUCUACAACACUAGUGUCUAUGGCAUCGCAGUUAUCAGAGGCAGAAGAGCGGGAACGGGUUUUCAGUGGCAAGGGACGUUGGAACCAAGUCCGGUCUCUAGCUGAGGCCAAGAAUUUGAUGAAUUAUUUGUUCAAUCUAGCAUCUUCCUCUAGAUGUAUAUUGCGAGAAAAAGAAUUUAUCUGCAGAGAUAAGCACAUGGACAUAAAUGAUCAUAAGAAAAUAAUAGAUAAUCUAAGAUUUGCACUUGAACAGUUGAAAAAGCAGAGGGAUGGACUUGAUCAUCAAUUGAAGUUGAUGAGGUCAGAAUCUAUGCGAGAUUCCGGAUAUUAUGUUGGAGGACAUCCAUAUGACUUACGCAAGCUGGAAAACCGGAGAUCUACCAUUUUAUUUGAGGAUAUGGAAAUAUCAGAUGCAGAAUCAGACGAGUAUGCUAUAGAUCCAACUGAUGCAACUGAUGAUGAAUGGGUAGAGUCUGCGAAAUUGAACGGUAGGAAAAGAAAAUCUAAAGGCAGUGAACAUUCAAACAUGGAAAAAACUAUAAUUUCAGAUGAUGUCAAAGAUAUUACAACAGAAGCACCAGAUGGUCCAUCCCAAAAAAUUGCAUUAGAUGCUUGUUGCUCUUGUAGCAAAAGCUCUUCUUGCAAAACAUCAAAAUGCAUGUGCAGAGCUAAUGGAGUUGGAUGCGGAAGUUCUUGUGGUUGCCGGGAAACUAAGUGUGCAAACAGGGUCUCUAAUGAACAAGAGGGAAGACAACCAGUAUCUGCUGAGGGGACUGAAAAUGAUUCUGACGAAGCAGAUAAAAAUAGUCUUCUUGCUACUCAAGGUGCUCAGUUGCUUCAGGGUGCUUUGGUUGAGAGGCCUACUGAAGCCAAGACUGAUAAUGGGCCAAGAAAAGCUCUCUCUGACAUUGGAAAUACACUGCCUAAGUCAAAUGCCACGAAGGGUAACCAGAGAAAGAAAUGGCGGAAGUCCUCAAUAGUUCUUGUUACAGAACCACCACCAUCUUCAUCACAGCCAGGCAGUUCUAAUGUCUCUGAGAAAGAGAAGAAUAAUACCAGUAGUGAAGCAAAUGUAUAUGUGGAUAUACCACAGAAAAUGCAUCCUCCUAAAUUUGAAAAUGCUUCAAUUCCCCCAAAGCCAGAAAUUAAUUAUAUCGACACAAAAAUACCUUUGAAAAUACCACGGGCCAUGCAAAAGCAAGGGUCAUCAAAUACUAUCCUUCCCUUGGGGGACAAGAAUGCUAGUAAGCAAGAUGAAUCAAUCAAAAAGGAGUCUGAAGUUGCUAUGAGUCCAAUUCCUCAAAAAAGAAUACUUGAGAAGGAGAACAAUGGUCUUUAACUUUGAAUGUUCAAUCCAUUACUUAAUUCUUAGUUACAAUCAGAAUUUAUGAAGCAUACCAUUGCCAUAUUCUUAUGGUGAAUUUUAUGUCUGUAUUGUGUGAUUAAAAAUUUCUCUAUCAGUUAAAUUGAUUUUGGUUUGUAAAAUAUUUGAUAGGAUCCGUUUCGAAAACGUGGAAUGAAUGUAAGAGAUAUUCAAAUGUUAUAUAUAGUUUGCCAUCGGGACUUCACUG